GUGAGGCUGAAAUGGAAAGGGAUGUCACUAGGCGCGAAGACUUACAACGCCACACAAUCGAAAAUGGACUGGUGGUAAUUGAAUCUGCCAAUUGAAAGAUGUGACGAGAGAAAAAUGGCAGGUCGAGACCCAUGAGGCUCCUAGCAAAAGCAUGCUGUGGAUUGGCUGGGGGGACAAACUGAACCUCGACCUCAUUCUCAGCUUAGGUUCCUUCAAUUCAACUCUCUUCUCUCUUUGAUAUACCUACUCUGUGCUCCGCAAGGAGAAGGGGCCCACGAAGCUCGAGGCCAGACGUCGAAGUUCACGCGCUGGAUACAGCAUCGACUUCGAAGCUCCAACCAUGGCGCCCAGCAACGACAAGCUCAACAAGGCUAUAGGGACCCGGAAUUGCUGCGUAGCUGGACUCUGUGCAGCAUGGCUCACAGGAUUCGCAGCAGUUGGAGGAGGAUUCUACUGCAUUUAUUUGGACAGUGCCGACACUGGCCGCAAAUCCCACUUCAUUAUUCCCCACGCUGCUAAGGAAGUCUUUCCCCUCGGCAUGAACAUCCUCGUCACGUUCCUGAACGAAAGCAUGGGGUAUAUUCACAGCACAACUCUCAGGUGGUCUCUCCAAUACGACAACCGACUAACAUUCAAUUCAAACCUCCGUCUCCUGUCCUCCUCGGCGAGAUUCAGAUCGAACAAGUGGUAUGCGAACAUGGCCUUUCUGUUCUCCAUUGUACUAUCCUAUGCCACAACCUCCUUGAUCUUCCUCGGUUGGAACCCUGCUCUCAGCGAGACCUUCGAAACGAUUUCAGAUUCGAUACCCCCGGGUCAAAUACGAGUGUCUGGAGUCGCUUUGAUAUUCUUCGGCAUUGGUCUGCUUGGCCAGGCUGGGCUCGCGAGUUGGGCUCUUAAUACAACGCAAGUCCCUACCUGGUCAUCGAAUCCGCUGGAUACUGUACUUGCUUGCACAGACGAGACGAAUCCGAAUCAGCUUAUUAGGAGGGUAGAUAGGUGUAUGAAAUCUGUUCAUCAGAUCAAGGAAGAUUCACACCCAUGCAAGCCAAAGCCAAAGCAAGGGCCAGCAUGCACAGCUCACCCUGAAGUGAAGUGGGUGCUCACACUGUUAUGGCUUCUUGUACCACUUGGUGGGCUCUGGGGAGGAACAGUCUACACAAUGAUAUUACGAGGAAACGAUCAUGGAGUGUUGGGAAAUAGCUGGACUUUCAUUCCUACAUUUACUGGUACAAUAUCCAAUGACUGCUCUGGGGCAGCUCGUUGCACAGAGGGGACAAGUGUUCUUAAUGUGGGUUGGACAGCAAAAAGCGGCAUGAUAGGAAACAUUGGCUCCAUAUUCCUGAUUGCAUUCUUUCAAUCGGUGGUCACGCUGGCUCUGCAUUGUGCAGAACUCCUAGUCAACUUAUCCCGCGAUGAAGGUAUUUUCCGUAUGGCUAUCACACCGAAAGGCACCGAUCCCCGCUACAACUCCAUCCUCGCUGCCUUCUCUAGCGGGCAAACCAUCACUCUCUUCGUCUUCAAAGCGGCCGUGCACUGGCUCUUUGGUCUCAGCAUCAACAACGAUUUCAUAUUGGGAGUCAAUAUGUACCCACCCCAAAUCUUCUACUUUACAGCUUUUGCCCUCAUGGUCGCUAUCUUCGCUACAUAUGUCAGCCUUCGCCGGCCCCUUGGACCGUUACCAGCGACGUUCGGACAUCUGCAGACCAUGGCGGAUUUGAUAGAUGAUUGGGAGGAUCGGAUGUUUUGGGGCCAUAAGCAAGAUGGGUACGCUGGUCUUCCGAAUUCUGCUGGGACAUCGGCUAGGAGGCUGGAGAUGCCGAGGAUGAAUGCGUUCUACGGAGGCGUAAAGAACACAAGGCCCAGUUUGAGUGGAAGCUUUGUGAGUGGCAUGAGUGAGGAGCAUCUUGCGGCGAGUUAUGAUAUGCAAUAUAAUGGGGGGAUGUAUAGCAGCUAUGGGUACGAGUACUGAUGUGUAAUUGUGGGUAUAUUGGGAAUGGCGUUUCUGCAUAUAAAUCACGGCGUUAUGAAGAAAAGGAAAUUGGAAGCUGGCUAGGAAGUAGCCAUGCCCGAGCAUGAUACGUUCAUGUUCUGCCACAGCAACUAUUCGAUUUUUCGAAUGUUCACAAGAAUUCAAGAUAAUGAAUAGAAAGGUUUUGGUAAGGCUAUAAAUGAGGUGGACGAGAAAACAGAAAUGUAUAUAUUAUAAUGCUAUACAUUCGGUGGAAGAAUAAUAGGGGCGUCGGCUAGUCUCCUUGCUGGAGCGACUCCUGU